GAGUGCGGCCCACUGGCGGUGGGCAGGGAGCUGCUGAGGAGGAUAUGAGGAGCAAUCGUGGAAGAGGACUCAGUCCGACCUUGUCUGGCUCACAGUCCCGCGCCUAGUUGCUGCUAAAAUAGUUGGCGGCGUUUAAAGCCCUGCAGGCGCGUACAACUUUGGCCCUCAUUCAUGUUUUUAUUCGCAACACAUCCACGUCUGGGUGAUGUGCACAGGAAUAGAUCUACACUACUCCAACCUCUUCCGCAUAUUGGAUUUCUAUGCAAAGAGAAGGUCGCCAAUGUCCCUCCAAGGAUUCGGGAAAUGAAGACUGCUGCUGACACGGACUCAGUAUUUUUUGACUUUUGAAACGUUUUUCUGCGCGGUUUUGAUCAAGAGCUUUUCUUCAACUCACGAAGCAUUUGCUCUGGGUGGGAUUACUCGGUGCAUUGCUUAUAUUUGAAUCUAAUCGAGUUUUAGAUAAGCCCGUGCUGUGUGUUGUACAGUGCACACAUUCGAUCAAAAUGCAUUUUAUUUAGGGCAACAUCUGUCUAUACAAAGUGCCAAAUUAAGCCGGAAUGGCGAACGAGUGUAAUCGCAACAUUGUGGAAAAGUAUAUCUGCCAUAAACUCUCCAAACAGGGCUACGUGUGGGGAUUUGACGAUGUCCAGGAUGAUGCUGCUAAUAAUGGGUCAAUAGUUGCCCCUCCACCGACUUUAGUCCACCGGAGCCGUGAAGACAGCACCGGGCCUGACAGCGAGAGCACCCCCCACCUCUGCAAACGGCUCCCCCAGUCCGACCCGCACGCCGCCAUCCACAGAGUCCUGCGCGAGGCUGGAGAUGAACUUGAAAGACUAUACCAGCCGGACUUCACGGAGAUGUCGCGGCAGCUGUAUCUCACCUCCACCACGGCGCAGAGGAGAUUCGCCGAGGUGAUAGACGAACUGUUCCGGGACGGGGUGAACUGGGGCCGGAUUAUCGCUUUCUUUGAGUUCGGGGGCACGGUGUGCGUGGAGUGCGUGGCGAAGGAGGAGAUGACAUCGCAGGUGGACAACAUCGCGGAGUGGAUGACGGAGUAUUUAAAUGGACCUCUGAACAGCUGGAUACAAGAUAACGGGGGAUGGGAUGCCUUUGUGGAGCUGUAUGACAGACAGAGGGACUCCGUCUUCAGUUGCUCCUGGCCCUCCAUUAAGACGGUCUUCGGUCUGGCUGCACUCGGGGCAGCUAGCCUCACCAUCGGAGCAUACCUUACACAGAAGUGAAUGAGCCCUCUUUCUACCAGUCUCAUCCUCCUCCUCCUUUUCCUCGUGCCUCUCCUUUUUCCUUUUAAAGACGCCCCUGACCCCUCAGAGACAACCUUCAGACUCUUCCGAAUCUGGCUCUCUUCAAAGCCCUCUCUCAGAAAACUCCCUCUUCCUCGCCCCUCCAUGUCAAAAUAGACACAAAUCAAAACAACUGAAGCAACCCAAUGCACAGCCCAUAUGGAGCAAAGGAUGUCUUGAAAAGAGCCAGCUUAGAUGUAAUCACACUAAGCUGAGUACAACUGAAGAGAAAGGAGGAGUUUUUGUUCUGCCUGCUUCUGUACUAGUUAUAGCAUGAAUGUUGAGUGUUAGUGUAGACGUUGCAUGUGUCAGAGCUCAUGCGGGACCUCUGUUUGGAGGCCUUGAUGAUGGGGGUGCAGGGACAAUGAUGCCCCACACCGGAGCGGCCACAGCCCCGCCCCUGCUUGUUAGGGUGAAGAACCCCGUUUGAACUGUGGAUUCCAGUUACCCCCCAGCAGCCGUCCUUCAAAGGACUUCCUCCACAGAACAGCUGCUCAGAAUGUAUAAUGGAAACAGCUUGCUACAACCAGCGAGUUGUGCUUUCACUCCUCAGACAGCUCCAGUGAACUCUGAACACACUGUACCAUUAUACUCUCCCUGGCCUUUAGUAUGUAGAGGAUGGGCCAGUGGGAGACUGAGUUGUGCUGAUCUUUCUUUUGCAGAGAUUUUGAAAGCUGAUUGCGAUUUUUAUGUUGGUUUUAAUUUUUGCAGCACGCCAAACCCCAAAUUGUGUAGUUUUACCGCAGAAAAAAAGGAGAAUGGAAUUUUUCUCGAGGAGUGAAAAACAUGCCAGAGAAGCCUGUUGUUGCAUAAAAAUGUCAUGACAUGUUGAUGAAUAUACUGAGAAAAAUGUUGAGCACAGCACAAAAGAGUGAGGUAGAAGUAAAACAAACAUUGCAUUUUGCAUCUUAAGAAGAGAGAAUGCCCCUGCAAUAUAAACAGACAAGUGCACAUUCCUCAAGCAAAGGGAUAUGAAUGAGACUGCUCCUCUACUAAAAUGAUUCCCCUUUAAAAGCAUCAUCACAGAUUAGCACCAAGUAACUCUAAGAGCUAUCAGUUCUUUUCUAUUUUCUACCUCUGUUGCAACUUUCUUACUCUUAACUCAGUCCAUUUGUGGUCCGACUGUUUGGGCUCACCCAGGUUUCAGAAAUGACUCUGUCAACAUAUGUCCUCCAGCUGCUGAGGUCCCACAGCAACUCUGUAAUGCAAGAAUCCACUCUGACAAAGACGCUUGUUGACGUGGACUGAGAGAAACCUCGCCUGGCCACAGAUGACUGAGUGGAAUACCACGGCAGCAGGGUUUCAGUUUAGGACUAAAGCUAGUGUGUCCUGUGUGCUGGAACCUGAGAUGUCCCUUCUCUCCGGUCUGCAAAUGCAUUCAGUCAUUGAUUUGUUCCUUUCAGCCUGUUUUAUUGAUGUUUGUCUUGUGUUACAGACUGGAAAUUUGGAAAUGCACACAAGCUCCAAAAUAUUUUGUUGUAGGCCUACACAGUACUUAGUAAGUAAAAGUGAUUUUUUUUUCUUUCCUCUGUCAUUUACAAUCUUCAACUUCUUUGUUGCAUGGAUGAAAGAUACUGUCCUCACACAUAAAUAUUCAGUGUGUAACCAUAUUUAUAACAGAAUAGGGUAGAAGAUAACAAAUAACAGCAAAGAAGUUGCAUUUUCUAUUUAUUGAGAGGUACCAGAUCACAUUUUGUAACAGUACUUUGAUGAAAAAUUAAUUGUUUUUUCACUUUUUUCUAUUCUAUGGAAUCACACUGUAACUACAUUUUUUCCUGGCUGCUAUUAUAACAAGAAAAAUGUUUAAAAAGUGAAUUUCUGUGUUGUAUUAAUAUUGGCUUAAGGCUGCUAUACUGUCGAUUUAACAUUUACUUACAGCUUAAACUGCCACAGAUUUACAGUAUAGUUCUAGAGAGCUGGAAACCAAAGUUAACUUGUAUUAAUCUUUAAUUUAAAAAACAAAACAAAAGUAGCUUAAGGAGAAUACAUGUCGCUUCACUUCGCUGAGUCUAUUCAGUGAGGUUUUGUGAUCGCUCUUGUCUAGUGUUACUGUACUAUAUUAUCAGCUUAACUUUUGUCAACUUUGUGCUUCGAUGAUAACUCAGUGCUUAUCUGUAAAAUGUUGACCUGCCAGACUUGUCUCAGUUAUCACUAUAAACCACCCCAUUUCCAUUACAACAGCUCAAAGUGUGUGAUAUUCCUAGUGAUGUGUAUGUAAGAGAUUAACAGAAGGGGAUUUAUGAACAGGAAUAGGAACAGUUUAACAGCAAUAUACUGUAAUUUUUAUAUUCUCUGUGCAUAUAUGAAUGUAGGCACUAUGGUUGCUGUAGGCUACUGUUUUAUGUCUAUAAUCACAAACCUGUAGCACUUAAAAAAAGUGAAUUGUGUUUCUGUUGUUUACUGCUAUAUCCACAAUAAGCUAGCGGGAUCAUAUUGUUCCUAAUAAACCAGAUUUCUCAAGCA